GUGCCCACCGUAUUCGCAGUUUACGAGUUCGGUUUUCCUUCUGCCUCUCUAUAAUAGAAGUCACAAAGCCCCAACCAAAGCCACAAGCCCUUUUCUUUUCAAUUUUUCUCUCUGAAAACACCAUCUCUCUCAAUAAUGUCGGAACCUAAGAGCACCGUCGAUUCCAUCAGGGAAUGGGUUGUCGAGCAUAAGCUUCGAGCUGUCGGGUGUCUAUGGCUCAGUGGAUUAGCGGGUUCAAUAGCAUACAACUGGUCUCAGCCCAACAUGAAGACCAGUGUUAGGAUCAUUCACGCCAGGUUGCAUGCACAAGGUCUGACGCUGGCUGCAUUAGCCGGUGCGGCAGUGGUUGAAUACUAUGAGCACAAGUCUGGAGCAAAGGCUGAUAAAUAUGCCAAGUACUUCAACAUUGAGAACUUCUCACACAAGGAUUAAGUAAACUUCCCAUAUAACAUGGCAUGGUGGAAGUUUUGCUAGGAAUCUAAAAUAUUUGAAGGAGGAUAAUAAAGAUGCAUUUUCUGAACAGCCUUUCUUCAACCAUUACUGCAUUUGUUUGUAUUGGAUAGUUUAGUUUUGUAUAACUUUGAUGAUGAUAAUCAGGUCUUGGGAAUUCCCUGCUAUUGGUUUACAAGUAAGCUGUCAUUUUUGCCUGCAAAAUAAACGCGUAUCUGGUGUAAAUUAAAUCAGUUUUUCA